GUUAGAAUUUCAGGAGCAUUUCAGUCCUGCUGCGCAUCUUGAAACGUCAAGUCUUGGCAUUCGGUUAGCGUCAAGUCUUGCUGCGAUUCAAACGCCCCCAGAAACGCAUCGCGCGCGAGUGCAUUACGUAAAUAAGUAUUAAGUCGCAUGCGAAAUAUUUAAGAGCGAAACAAGCGCACAGUAUAUACAGCUAAGUGAGGUGACCUCAGUGCGUGAUGGGCUCGUAUGCCUAGCAAAUCACCAGUGCGAAUCGAAAACUUGUAGUACAGUUCUUCUUAACUAAAUUAUAACAAAAAACAUACAAACUAGCACCAAACACUGUAACCAUGAUGAUGAACGCCUUCAUUGAGCCGGCUCAGCAUCACCUAGCUAGCUACGGGCUGCGAAUGUCGCCCAACACCACCGCUAGCAACAGCAACACCAACGCGCAGCAACAACAGCAGCAACAGCUCGAGAUGACCCAACAGCAGCAGCAGCAACAGCAACAGCAUCAGGAUCAGGAAUCCGCAGCUGCCACGGCUGCAGCCUACCAGAACUCCGGAUACGGACAUUUUAACAGCUACGCCUCCCGGGACUUUCUGCUGGGCAGGAGAGAGGCCGAUUACGGAGUGGCUGGAUCCGCCGGACAGGCAUCCGCUGCAGCGGACUCCAUGCUCUUCUCCGGCUUUCCCGCCCAAGCGGCGGAGCUGGGCUCCGGAUUCGGACAGCACCCCUUCCACAGCCACCACCACCACCACCAGAUGCGAAUGGGCAUGGCGGAUGCCUACGCCGCCGGCCACCCGUACAACCAUCACGGCAACUUCCCGACGGCGGCUGUGCACCACCCAGUCGUGCACCACCCCUCUCACCACGCCAUGUCUGCGAUGCACCCGGCCGGAGCCGGGGCCUUCCUGCGUUACAUGCGCCAUCAGCCGGCCUCAUCCGCCUCUAGCGUGAAGCAGGAGAUGCAGUGCCUCUGGAUAGACCCCGACCAGCCGGGCCUGGUGCCCCCGGGCGGCAGAAAGACGUGCAACAAGGUCUUCCACUCGAUGCACGAAAUUGUGACCCACCUAACCGUUGAGCACGUGGGCGGACCCGAGUGCACCACCCACGCCUGCUUCUGGGUGGGCUGCUCCCGUAACGGACGCCCUUUCAAGGCCAAGUACAAGCUGGUCAACCACAUCCGCGUCCACACCGGCGAGAAACCAUUCGCCUGCCCGCACCCAGGGUGCGGCAAGGUCUUCGCCCGGAGCGAGAACCUCAAGAUCCACAAGCGAACGCAUACGGGCGAGAAGCCCUUCAAGUGCGAGCACGAGGGCUGUGAUCGCCGCUUCGCCAACUCCUCGGACCGCAAGAAGCACUCCCACGUCCACACAUCGGACAAGCCCUACAAUUGCCGGAUCAAUGGCUGUGAUAAGUCCUACACGCAUCCCUCUUCGCUGCGGAAGCACAUGAAGGUGCAUGGCAACGUGGAUGAGAAGAGUCCAUCACACGGCUACGACAGCGAGGGCGAGGAGAGCUCCAGCUCGAGCAUCAUCACUGGUGGAGCCCAGACGCCGCCCUCGACCCGCAUGGAUGGAAGUGCAGGAAGCAGCAGCGGGGUGAGCAGUCUGAGUGGCGGAAGCGGCAUCAAAUCCUCUCCGCACUCGAUUAAGUCGGAGCCCAAUCCGAUGCACAGCGUCCACCUGGGCGCCUCGAGCAGUGGUAGCAGCAGCACCGCCAGCAGCAGUGCCUCCCACUUGCUGCAGCAGCAGCAACAGCAGCAACAGCAGCAACAGCAACAGCAGCAGCACCAGCAGCAGCACCAGCACCAGCAGCAGUCACAGCAGCAGCAGCUGCCCACCCAUCCCAGCGACCCGAAGUCCUCGCCCGCCCUCCAACUGAUGGCCGCUUCCGCCUCCGCCUACCUGCCACCACCGCUGGGACCUCCGCCGUCGCACCACCACCACCCCCAUCACCACCAGGCGGCGCCAUCUCCGGGUGGAGCGGCCGCCUCCGCCUCCAUGCUGCACCACAACCACCACCUACUGUAUCACCCGGCGGCCCAGCACCACCCACCCAGCGACUGGUACCACACGACGGCGCCGAGCGGCAGUGCGGAGGCCAUGAACCCGCUGAACCACUUCGGGCACCACCACCACCACCACCACCUGAUGCACCCCGGCGCAGCGACGGCGUAUUGAGAGUGGGAGAACUGGUGGCCCGAGGAGCCGCCACCUCCGCCGCCCGCCCAACCGGUGGCCACGCCCACCACCAUUGCUGGGGCAACUGGACCAGCCCAAGGAAGUCUGGAGGAGUCGGCCUCCUCGCUAGACUGGAUUUGCUGCCAGCGACUGCAGAACCUGGCCCUUGUGGCGCAAUGUGAAAACCAAAUAUUUCUGAAAGUUGAAGAGAGCUCUUUGAACUUUUUACCUGAUAAUUGAAAAUUUGCUGUUAAACCGAAAGUCGAAUGCUCUCCCUUUGAUUCGUCUCUGAGCAUGACUAUUAUGUAUUUUAAAUAUUACCAUUCAAAAUAAGAUGUUCGAUCGAUAUAUUGACUAAUUUCUUGCUAUUUAACUGUUAUGUAAACUUAAACAUAGUUUUCCAGUUGCAGAACAAAACAAUUUACAAAUAACGAUCUUCGACUUAAUCUUACUGUAAAUGUAUAAACUAUGAGGUAAUUAUCGCAUACAUGUAAAAACGCACUCGUAACCUUAACUUUAAACCAAGUUACUUAAGCAUAUUGAUUACCUAGCCGUUAAGACUUAGCUAAUUUUUUGCCAAAUUACCUUUCAUUCUCAUCAUCCCCUCCUAUCCACCAGCUUUCUAGUACAAAAAUCGCUAACCAAUACACUGCAAAACAUUGAAGGGAUUGAAAGCUUCGUCGCAUAUACGUACAUACAUUUUUGGCCUUAGAUUUUCUCCAGCUUAAGUACGCAGAAUACAUUUAAACGUUAUCACAGAAACCAACAACAAAAACCACAAAAACAAACAUGCAAAAUAAACUGA